CUUAAACUUUAAACGUUAACGGAGGUCAAUUAGCCCUUCCAGAGUUCCGGCCGUUCCAGUUUACCUACCAUCUACCGCAACCUAUACCUCGGUUUCUUCUCUCAACCAACAGCCGUUCCAGAGUUCAAGUACGGUCGUUGCCUAGCUACUAUCCACCGCAACCAAACGGCGGCUUAUUCUCUCCAUUGCAAUCGACGAUACAACGCUAUUUCCUUCGCUCCCUGGCUGCCGGAGCAUAAUCUUCACCGCGAGAAGUUUCCUUAGCUCCCUGGUUGCCGUUCACGGUCUCCACGAAUUAGCCAAAUCAUUUGGGAUUUUCCAGCAUUGGAAGGACCUUCUUCCAGUCAUUCAAAAAUGUCAGAGCAUUGUCAAGAAGUUCAAGUCAAUUAUAAUGAAGAGGUUGGUAAAAGUCUGAAUGAUGGAAGUAAUUUUGAUGGUGAAGGGCAAUCAGCAGAGGGCUAUAAAAAAAUUUCCGAUUUGACACCUGCUGAUAUUAAGAGACUCGAAUUUGACUCUGAGGAUGAUGUUUAUGCCUUUUAUUCUUGUUAUGCCCAAAUUAAUGGCUUUUGUGUCAGAAGAGAUGAUGUGCGUCGUGAGUCAAAUAAUAAUAUUAUAAUGAGAAAUUUGGUUUGCAAUCGGGCGGGAUUGAGAAGUAAGAAGCACAUGGAAAGGAACGAUCGUGUUAGGGAGCCAAAGCCUAUCACGCGUACCAACUGUAUGGCACGACUUCGCGCAGAGUUCGAUAACCAUACAAGAAAGUGGAUGAUUGUUGAUUUCGAGGAUACUCACAACCAUGAGAUGACCCCAUCACAGUAUGUCCAUUUAAUGCCAGCUUACAGAAGCAUUAGUGACGGCAUUAAAGCACAGGUAGAUAGUUUACGGUUGCAUGGAGUUAGAACUUGUCACAUCAUGGGGCUGAUUAUUGGUCAAAAGGGUGGGCAUGCCGAUGUUGGGUUCUGCAAGAAGGAUUUGUACAAUUACAUUGAUCAGCAAAAGAGAGCUAAGAUAAAUGAUGGCGAUGCAUUUGCUGCAUUAUCUUAUCUCCAAGCCAAAGCAGACAGUGAUAGUUUUAUGUUUUCCAAGUUCACAACCACAGAAGAGGGGAGGCUCGAUAACUUGUUUUGGUCGGAUGGUGUAAGCAGGCUUGAUUACCAUUGCUUUGGAGAUGUUGUUGCUUUUGACACUACGUACAAAAAGAACAAGUAUAACAAGCCUUUGGUUGUUUUUUCUGGGUACAAUCAUCACGGCGAAACAGUUAUCUUUGCGUGUGCCUUAGUAUCCGAUGAGAAGACAGAAACGUACAAGUGGGUUCUGGAAACUUUUUGUGAAUGCAUGUUUGGUAAACAUCCUAAGGCAGUUGUCACUGACGGAGAUGGUGCGAUGCGUGAAGCGAUUAGGGCAGUGCUUCCGAGCUCCUUUCAUAGGCUUUGUGCUUGGCAUCUUCACAAAAAUGCAUGCGAUAAUGUUAAGAACUCACGUUUUCUAGAAGAUCUUAAUCCUCUAAUUUAUGGUAACUUUAGCCCUGAUGAUUUUGAAAGCAGGUGGAAGAAGACCAUUGAUGAACAUGGAGUUGCAAACAAUAAUUGGGUUAAGAAAGUUUAUGACAUGAAGACGAUGUGGGCAAGUGCAUAUAUGCGUGACAAGUUUUUUGCCGGUAUUCGGACAACGUCCAUCUGUGAAGGAAUUAAUUCAUUCAUUAAGCGGUAUGUGCAGAACAAAAACAGCCUUGUUGAUUUUAUGCAUAAUUUUGAAAGAGCCGUAAAAGAGUAUAGACAUAAUGAAUUAAUUUCUGAUUUUAAAUCCUUGUAUACUGACCCUCUGUUGACCACUCCUCUACAUGUCUAUGAGUCGUGGGCUUCACAAGUCUUUACAAGGAAUAAAUUUUGUGAGGGCAAUGCUCAUAUGCUUGGAAGUAAACGACACAAAAAUAAAAAGAAGAGGAAAAACACAGAAGAUCCCGCUAGAUGUGCAAACACUAAUGAUGCUGUUGAUGGAGGGAAUAAUAGUCAUAUCAAUUUUCCAGUGACUAAUGCUAAUUUUGUGAGUACUCUAAAGGAGGUUGAAAGAAAUGCAAAAGAUGGAAUAAAGAAUGGAAAAGGAGGUUGAUACGUGUGAUAUGUUGCUUCCAUACCUAGAAGAUUAUGAAGACGGAUGUAGCAUUACUGAGAUUGUUGACAUUAAAGAAAUUUGAUGAUUCUGCUUCCAAUUGUACCACUUCUAUGAGACUUCUAUGAGACUUCUUCGAGGGUUCAAAAAGGCUCGAUGAGUUAUGGGUCUUUCUGGGAAUUAUAUUCGAUGACAAGGAUAGACUAUGCAAUUCACAUUGUUGAUUGAGGCAGAAGCAAACCACAUGCAAUUUCUUAUUGUGAAUUUUGUUUAUUCUAUAUAUUAAUAUAUAGCAUGAACACCAUUUGUUUUCUCUACCACACAUCAUGAAUUAAUUAUACAAUUCCUGUGCUCAAUGUAUACCUCAAAGCUUCACUGAAGUCUAGAUUGGUUUAGAGAAACACUAUUGCCAAUAUACAGAGUUUGCAUAGCCGUUU